AUGACUGAAUACAACCAAAUCGUUCUGUUGAGAGGUUUAGAGAAUAUGAAUGAUUAUGAAAUUGCAACAGUUAAGUCCUUACUGGCCAAUGAUUUACAACUGACAAGAAAAAUGCAAGAUGAGUAUAACAGAAUUAAGAUUUCUGAUUUGAUGGCAGAAAAGUUCCCAGGUGCUGCCUGUGUGGACAAAUUAAUGGAACUGGUCAAAGAUAUAGACUCCCUUAAAAGCCUUGCUGACAAGCUUCGGAAAGAGAAGUUAAAAGUUGCUAGGAAAAUCAAAGCAAAAUAAAGAAGUACAGUGAAAAAGAGGAAUCAUGAAGAAGUGAGUCCUGCUACACCUGCACCCACCACAAGUAGUGCUCUGACAUCCAAAGGAGCAAAGAAGACUCUUAUACCUCAGAAAAGAAAAAUCACACCCCAAGAAAGCACUGAAGCCAAAAGGAAUAAGGCAUCGCAAGAGCAGAGUCAGCCUCCCUUUCCUCCAAGACCCAGCAUACCUGCAGCAACAGGCCCUCCCUUACCUCCCCAGAUAUCAUCAUCAACUCCAUCCAACACUUCCUUGACUCAGAAUCAGAAAACUCAGGCCCAACCUCAGGUGGCUACCAGAAGAAAUGUUCUCCAAAAAGGCCAAAUAACAGUGAUGGUACUGAAAGCAACACAGCCAUUUGAAUAUGGGUCCCCUGAGGAAGGAAAAAACAAAAUGUUUCAUGCUACAGUGGCUAGUAAGAGUCAGUUUUUCCAAGUGAAGGUUUUCAACAUCAACUUGAAAGACAAAUUUGUAAAAAUGAAGAUUAUUACCAUAUCUGAUUACAUUGAAAGUAAUGGAAUCCUGGAGCUACAUGAAGCAUCAUCUGUGUCUGAAGUUGGGCUUUAUCAAAAGUUCGAGGUCCCAAACAGCAUUAUCAGAAAAGCAAACAAAACUCCCAAAAUCAAUUAUCUUCACAAACAAGCAUCUGGAUCAAUAGUGUAUGGGUUGUUUAAGUUACAAAAGAAAACAGUGAAGAGGGUGAACACAAUCUAUGAAAUACAAGAUAAUACAAGAAGCAUGGAGGUAGUGGGGAAUGGAAAAUGGCACGAUAUCAAGUGUGAAGAAGGAGAUAAACUUCGACUCUACUGCUUUCAACUGAGAACAAUUGAGUAUAAGCUGAAAUUGAAGUCUGACAUUCACAGUUUCAUCAAGGUCAUUGAGACCAAGAAAAACAAGAAAGCAUCAAUGAAUUUUAAUUGA